AGUCAGAGACGCCAUAAAAAAGAUGAAAACUUUAAUUCCAAUUUCAAAACCCUUUCAACCAAAUUAAUAUUUCCCAAAAAAGAAAAAAAAAAAAGAAGAAAAAAUUUAAAAAUCCCUCAUUUUAUCUUUUUCUCGAGAAAAUUCGUAGAUUUCUCGAGAAAAUUUUGGGGUGCCAAAAAAGAAAAUCGAUUUGUAUGAUGAGAAUGAAGUCAUGGUUCGUGCUGCUGGUAACAAUUUCGUUACUUUGGAUUCAAACAACCGGCGCGAAAGGAUCUUCGAGCCAGCCUUCGAAGGAGGCUUACGUCACGCUCCUGUACGGAGAUGAAUUCCUCUUGGGCGUUCGAGUCCUCGGGAAAUCGAUACGUGAUACUGGAUCCAAGAAGGACAUGGUGGCUUUGAUCUCUGAUGGUGUCUCUGAUUAUGCCAAGAAGCUUCUCGAGGCUGAUGGAUGGAUUGUGGAGAAGAUUACUUUAUUGGCAAAUCCGAAUAAAGUACGGCCCAAGAGAUUUUGGGGUGUCUAUACAAAAUUGAAAAUUUUUAACAUGACUAACUACACGAAAGUUGUAUAUCUUGAUGCGGAUACUAUUGUAGUCCAAAGUAUCGAGGAUCUUUUCAAAUGUGGAAAAUUCUGUGCUAACUUGAAGCAUUCUGAGAGGCUAAACUCUGGAGUCAUGGUAGUGGAACCGUCUCGAACUGUUUUCAAUGACAUGAUGAGUAAAGUGAAAACUUUGUCAUCUUACACUGGAGGAGAUCAGGGUUUUCUGAAUUCAUAUUUCCCUAAAUUUGCCAACGCACAUGUUUUUGAACCAAAUUUGCCUCCAGAGGAGUUGAAGUCCAGACCUGUUCCUGAAAUGGAGCGGCUUUCCACUCUAUAUAAUGCAGAUGUUGGUCUCUAUAUGCUUGCAAACAAGUGGAUGGUAGAUGAACGGGAACUCCGUGUUAUUCACUAUACACUUGGUCCUCUAAAACCGUGGGACUGGUGGACAUCUUGGCUUUUGAAACCUGUUGAUGUCUGGCAGAAUGUUAGGGAACAACUUCAGGAAUCCCUUCCUGGAACUGGGGGAGGAAGAAAUCCUAAUGAUGAGCUCCUUGUCAAAUUUCUCUUUCUACUACCAUUUUGUGCCCUUAUCAUUUGUUACUAUCGGUCAUGUCUUCAGGCACGGUAUGGUUCAUUAUUUGACCAUAUUAGACACCUUUGUUACAAAAUUAGGUCUACUGGUGCAAUAAAUUAUACUGCUGUUUCUCCACCAUCCACUAAUUUAAACCAUCAGCCUAAGCUGCCUGCUUAUUUAGGUGGAGUUUCUGUAAUCAUCUGUUUUGUGGCUGCUGCUGUGGCCCUUUUGCUUUCUCUUUCAAUCGUGCCACGUCAAGUGAUGCCAUGGACUGGUUUGCUCUUGAUGUAUGAGUGGACAUUCACAAUCUUCUUUCUAUUAUUUGGAGGUUAUCUACAUUUAAUAUAUCAAUGGGGGAAGACAAAAGCUGGGCAUGGAGGUUCUGUUUCCCCUCAUUCUGAAUUUUUUGGUUAUGUUUCUGGAAAAGGUCGUCAAGCUUUAUCUUGUGAUCUUGCUACAUGGUAUUAUGGGCUAGGGAUGGCAUUUUUGGCUGUUGCUACCCCAUCUUUGCCUUGUUUGUUUGGGAUUACUGCUCUAUUUAUGAGGUUAGGUUUGAUGGUUGUGGGAGGCCUAAUUUUGGCAUCGUUCAUGACAUAUGCUUCAGAGCAUCUUGCUAUCAGAUCAUUCUUGAGAGGUGUUGAAGAUCGAGACAACUAUGCGAAGUAGGAGCAUCGUUUCAUAUGUUGAUUGAUGACUUUAAAACUCUGAUGAUGUAAACUGUAAUCAGUGUUUGUGUCUCAUAAAUUUACUCUGUUUAGCGUGUAACUCCAAUGAUUGAUUUGUAAAAUAGUCCCAGGAAGUUUUGUCAAUAUAGAAUUGUCUUCACUCCUUGAAAUUUUGUUGUAGUAUUCUUUAUGAAUAUCUUGAUCAGUAUCUCCAUUUUGCUAUACAAUUGCUGGUCAUUGAUUUA